GGCAGUCACCAGCAGUCACCGGCAGUCACCGGCAGUCACCAGCAGCCACCGGCAGUCACCGGCAGUCACCGGUGUCACCAGCAGUCACAGCGGCAGUCACCAGCAGUCACCAGCAGUCACCAGCAGUCACCGGCAGUCACCGGCAGUCACCAGCAGUCACCGGCAGUCACCAGCAGUCACCAGCAGUCACCAGCAGUCACCGGCAGUCACCAGCAGUCACCGGCAGUCACCGGCAGUCACCAGCAGCCACUGGCAGUCACCGGCAGUCACCAGUCACCGGCAGUCACUAGCAGUCACCGGUAGUCAGCAGUCACCAGCAGUCACCAGCAGUCACCAGGCAGUCACCACCAGCAGUCACCAGCAGUCACCGGCAGUCACCGGCAGUCACCAGCAGUCACCGGUAAUCACCAGCAGUCACCGUGGCAGUCACCGGCAGUCACCGGCAGUCACCAGCAGUCACCGGCAGUCACCGGCAGUCACCAGCAGUCACCGGCAGUCACCGGCAGUCACCGGCAGUCAGCAGUCACCGGCAGUCACCAG